AGAGAAUCAUACGGACAGAACCAGGACAGGGAGGCUGGCGGAGGUUUCUGAAGAGGGAGCGCCCAGGCCCUGUGCUGCUCUCCCUGGGACCUGGCAGGGUGGCCCAGCAUGCUCACUGGCAAGAAAGAGGGGACUGACCCACUUGCUCCCAUCAGAUUCUGAAGGUGACAUUGAACUCCAGGUGACCCCCUACCCCAAAACAGGUGCCUGUGUUUGUUAGACAAAUACGGCCAGGCCUCCCACAGCUUUAGCUCCAAAGUCCAUAGGUACAGAGAGCCAGGACCAACAGACGUGCUGCUCAACAGGGAUGGACAAAUUGCCAGAGAUGUGGUGCAUUGUCCUGUUUCCCCUUUUGACAUGGGUUUAUGCCGAGCCUACUAUGUAUGGGGAGAUCCUGUCCCCUAACUAUCCUCAGGCAUACCCCAAUGAGAUAGAGAAAUCUUGGGAUAUAGAAGUUCCUGAAGGGUAUGGGAUCAAGCUCUACUUCACCCAUCUGGACAUGGAGCUGUCGGAGGACUGCGCAUAUGACUCAGUGCAGAUAAUGGCAGGGGACCUUGAAGAAGGGAAACUCUGUGGACAGAGGACCAGCAAGAAUCCCAGCUCCCCAAUUGUGGAAGAGUUCCAAGUCCCACACAACAGACUCAAGGUGAUCUUUCGGUCAGACUUCUCCAAUGAAGAGCGCUUCACUGGGUUUGCUGCAUACUAUGUUGCUGUAGAUGUAAAUGAGUGCAAAGACUUUGCAGAUGCCCCUUGUAGCCACUUCUGCAACAACUUCGUUGGUGGUUACUUCUGCUCCUGCCCCCCAGAAUACUUCCUCCAUGAUGAUAUGAAGAAUUGUGGAGUGAAUUGCAGUGGGGGUGUAUUCACUGCACUGAUUGGGGAGAUCGCAAGUCCCAAUUAUCCCAAUCCAUACCCAGAGAACUCAAGGUGUGAAUAUCAGAUCCUGCUGGAGGAGGGGUUCCAAGUGGUGGUGACUAUGCGGAGAGAAGAUUUUGAUGUGGAGCCAGCUGAUUCAGAGGGCCACUGUGCUGACAGUUUAAUUUUUGUUUCAAGAAACCAGCGAUUUGGUCCUUACUGUGGUCAUGGAUUCUCUGGGCCUCUAAAUAUUGAAACCAAGAGUAAUGCUCUUGAUAUUAUCUUCCAAACUGACCAAACGGAACAAAAAAAGGGCUGGAAACUUCGUUACCAUGGAGAUCCUAUCCCGUGUCCUAAACAAGUUGCUGCCAAUUCUGUUUGGGCACCUGAGAAGGCCAAAUAUGUGUUCAAAGAUGUAGUGGAGAUAACCUGCAAGGAAGGGUUUGAAGUUGUGCAGGGAAGUGUCAGCUCGACAAAUUUCUAUUCUACUUGUCAAAGCAAUGGAAAGUGGAGUAAUUCCGAACUGAAAUGUCAACCUGUGGACUGUGGCUCUCCUGAACCCAUUGAGCAUGGUAAAGCCAAAGAUCCAGAACAUACUUUAUUUGGUUCUGUCACUCGCUACACUUGUGAGGAGCCAUAUUACUACAUGGAAAAUGAAGAAGGUGGGGUGUAUCGCUGCGCUGGCAAUGGGAGCUGGGUGAAUGAGGUGCUGGGCACAGAGCUGCCAAAAUGCAUUCCAGUCUGUGGCGUACCCAAAGAGACCUUUGAAGGAAAACAGAGGAUAUUUGGAGGAUCCAUGGCAGACAUUAAAAAUUUCCCUUGGCAAGUCUUCUUUUCAAGCCCAAGGGCUGGUGGGGCUCUCAUUGAUGAGUACUGGGUGCUGACAGCUGCCCAUGUUGUGGAGGAAAACAGGAACCCAGUAAUGUAUGUUGGGUCCACCUCAGUGGUCACUUCAGCUCUGACACAUGCCCAAAGGCUCAUUGCUGAGAGUGUCAUUAUUCAUCCGGGUUGGGAAUUUCUGGAUACCCCAGAAACACGGAAGAAUUUUGACAACGACAUUGCGCUAGUGCGGCUGAAAGACCCAGUGAAAAUGGGACCCACCGUCUCCCCUAUCUGCUUACCAGGCACUUCCUCAGAAUACGACCUCUCAUUGGGAGACCUGGGACUGAUCUCAGGUUGGGGUCGAACAGAGGCAAGAGAUCAUGUUUAUAAACUCAGAGGGGCAAAGUUACCCGUUGCAUCCUUAGAAAAGUGCCGCCAGGUGAAGGGGAAAAAUCCCAGAGUAAAUAUAAAUUCCUUCGUUUUCACUGAUAACAUGAUCUGUGCUGGAGGAGAGAGGGGCAUUGAUAGCUGUGAUGGGGACAGUGGUGGGGCUUUUGCUAUACAGCACCCCAACGAAGAGGCCCCCAAAUUCUAUGUAGCUGGCCUGGUGUCCUGGGGCCCCCAGUGUGGGACCUAUGGGAUCUACACACGAGUGAAGAACUACGUUGACUGGAUAAUGAAGACUAUGCAGGGCUAUAGUAGCCCCAGUGAGGACUAAUUCAUGCUUAUAUCGACAGCCUUUCCGACUGGUCAGGGCUGUGACCAAUCUGUUGCUUUCUGUUCCUUACAACAUUCCCAUUAUUUCACCAUGUUUGAGAGAAGACAUGAGAGUAUGAUUUAAAUGGAAAUGGACUGUUGGGAUACCUGGCUGGAGGCAGUGUUUGAUCAUGACAUUGUGUUGGUCAUUCAGUGUGGUGGGUCUGACUCUCCCUUGAAUGCCUACUAUGGAUGACCACCUGGGAAGAGCUCUCCUCUCUUGCCCUGUUCCACAGGGAGUCCCCUUUCCUGAUGAUUGCCUGGUGUUGCAGUUCUGACAUUGAAGUUGAUUGUUGGGCAUACCCUUGAUUUUUUGUUUCCCCUUUACCUGCUUGAAGUUCCAUUUAUUUUAUAAUUCUCAAUGUCUACUAUCUGCUUGUAAUAAAGCAUGUUUAUAACCCA